AUGGAUUCCUGGGAGACUGCGCUUUGUGUUUUCUUCGCAUCCUUCCUCGCAACCGUAUUUGGUGGGCUCUAUGCAGUAGGAGCAUUUCGCAAAAGGAAACCCAAGGAACCUCCUCUGGACAAAGGCUUCAUUCCAUGGCUAGGACAUGCGAUUAAAUUCAAGAAGCAACCUGUAGAAUUUUUGGAAUGCAUGCAGAAGAAACACGGGGAUAUUUUCACGGUUCUGGUUGGCGGCAAUUACUUACAUUUUGUGCUGGACCCUUGCACUUACCGGGACAUAAUAAAGAAGUCCAAAGACAAGCUGGAUUUUGAUACGUUUGGAUUCAAAAUAGUUUUUAAUGCUUUUAGGUUCCACGCAUCCGAAACUCAUCACAAAAUUGUGCAGCAAAAUAGCAAGAAGUAUCUGAGAGGCAAGAGUCUAGCUGCCCUGAACCAGGUGAUGAUGGAGAAGUUGAAGACUGUGAUGCUUUAUAGCUGUGAUUCAGGUGAGAAUAAGAGACAAUGGCAGCAGGAUGGGGUUUUGCACUUUAGCUACAAUACAAUAUUCCAGGCUGCCUAUUUGGCUUUGUUUGGAACUGACCCAGACAAAGAUGUUGAGAGCGAAAGAAAUGCUAAGGAGAAUAAACUAACACAACGCGGAGAUUUUUUUGGGAAUUUUCAGAAAUUUGAUCACUUGUUUCCCCAAAUGGUUUUUGGUAUUCUGAACCCUCAGGGCAAAAUGGAGACAGAAAGAUUGAGGAAAUUCUUAUGGGACAUACUGUCGGUAGAAAAGAUCUAUCAGAAGGAUAACAUCAGCAAUUGGAUAGUUGAGCAAGAUCAGCAAAUGGCUGAGAUUGGAAUGACUGAAAAGAUGAGGACACAAUUUAUGUUUCUUCUCCUCUGGGCAUCUCAAGCCAACACUGGUCCAGCUGCCUUCUGGGUUCUUGUGCAUCUCCUGAAGUAUCCAGAAGCAAUGAAGGCAGUGUGGGAAGAAGUGGACCGAGUACUGAGAGAGACUGGCCAGGAAGUGAAUCCAGGAAGCCCCAUCAUCGAUGUGUCCCUGGAAACAAUAAAGACUCCUCUUCUGGACAGUACAAUAGAAGAAACACUGCGCUUGAAAGCGAAUCCCUUCCUGUUCAGAAGUGUGAUGCAGGAUACAGAUCUUAAAAUGGCUGAUGGGAGAGAAUACAUCCUUCGUAAAGGAGACCAUCUACUUCUUUUCCCUUUCCUUGGACUGCAUAUGGACCCAGAAAUCCACCCUGAUCCUCACACGUUCAAAUACGACAGGUUCUUGAACCCAGAUGGCACCAAAAGAGAGUUCUAUAAGAAUGGGAAAAAGCUCAAACAAUAUACUAUGCCUUUUGGCGGAGGGCCGUCUAUUUGCCCUGGGCGAUUCUUUGCUGUUAGUGAAUUGAAGAUGUUUGUGAUCCUGAUGCUCACCUGCUUUGACAUGGAACUGGUUAAUGCAGAAGAGGAAAUCCCACCAGUAGAUGGAAGCCGCUGUGGCUUUGGAAUUGUGCAUCCUUCUCGAGAUAUUCAGUUUAGGUAUCGAUUGCGCUCCUAA